AUGAGAGCCGCGGCCACCGCCCCGCUGGCCAAUGAGGGGGCGGUGGUGGCGGCGGGGCGGGCGCUGCCGGCCCGCGGUGCGGGGGCAGAGGAGGGCGCUGCGCUGCGCUGUGCUGCGCUCGGCUCCGCUGGGCUGCGCGGCCGCUCGCUGCUCCCUCCAUCCCUCGCUCCGGUCCGGUCGCGGCGUGCGGCCGCCUGCCCUCCCUGCUCCCCGUCCGGCGGAGCAUCUCGCCUGCCUCCUUCUGCUCAGCCCUUGCAUCUCCGCGGCGGCGGGGCUCGAGCGCUGCUGAGCGCCAGGCGCGGCGGCGGCACCACCACCAUGGCGGUGGAGGAAGAGGGGCUGCGGGUCUUCCAGAGCGUCAGGAUUAAAAUCGGCGAAGCUAAAAAUCUUCCCACAUAUCCGGGGCCAAACAAGAUGCGGGAUUGCUACUGUACUGUAAACCUGGACCAGGAGGAGGUUUUCAGGACCAAAAUAGUGGAGAAGUCAUUAUGCCCCUUCUAUGGAGAAGACUUUUACUGUGAAAUUCCUCGGACCUUUCGCCAUCUGUCAUUUUAUAUUUUUGACAGAGAUGUUUUUCGAAGGGAUUCCAUUAUAGGAAAGGUAGCUAUACAGAAAGAAGAUCUUCAAAAGUAUCAUAACAGAGACACCUGGUUUCAACUACAGCAUGUUGAUGCUGAUUCAGAAGUACAGGGGAAGGUCCACCUUGAGCUGAGACUGAGUGAAGUAAUAACAGACACCGGUGUCGUCUGCCAUAAACUUGCAACACG